AUGGCGACCGAACGGACCGAUAACCCCAGGUCCCAUAGCGAUUACACCAUAGGCUGGGUUUGCGCACUCGCCAAAGAACAGACAGCAGCAACGGCCAUGCUAGAUAUCGAAUAUGAAGACGAUCUUCCCAUUCCGGAAGACGACUACAACAUCUACACUCGCGGUUCUAUUGGAAAACACAAUGUCGUCAUUGCCUGCCUUCCUGAAGGCAUCAUUGGUACAACUGCAGCAGCAACCGUUGUGAAGGAAAUGCUUAGAACCUUCCCUAGCAUCAGAUUCGGCUUAAUGGUUGGUAUUGGUGGUGGAAUCCCGAAUAUACAAGACCACGACGUCCGCCUUGGAGACGUUGUUGUUAGUGUGCCUCAGGAGACCUUUCCUGGCGUGGUUCAGUGGGAUUUAGGAAAGGCAGAGCAGGAAGGCUUCAAACGAAUUGGAUCUUUGAACCACCCGCCCAACCUCUUACUUUCAGCGGUCUCGAAGCUCAGAACACGCCAUGCAAUGAGAGGACCUCGGAUUCCAGCCUACCUUGACCAGCUGGCAAGAAAUUGGCCAUUGCUGGCUUCCGAGUACCUGAGAUCAGACGCUCUCAGAGACAUCUUAUUCGAAUCCGAGUACCCACAUGACAAAAACAAGCUCAACAACGAUUGUCAGCUCUGCGAUGCCACGAGAAUUGUCAGCAGAGAGCCACGGGCAGCUAAGAUGAAAAUCCAUUACGGAUUGAUAGCAUCAGGCAAUCAGGUCAUCAAGGACGCCAUGGUACGGGAUAAACUCAAUGACAAACUAGGUGGAAAUGUUCUGUGCAUUGAGAUGGAAGCAGCUGGGUUAAUGAAUAAUUUCCCUUGCCUUGUUAUUCGGGGAAUUUGUGAUUAUGCAGACGCGCAUAAAAACAAAAGGUGGCAGGAACAUGCAGCCGCCAUUGCGGCUGCCUAUGCAAAGGAAUUUCUACAGGAAGUGGCACCCACAGCUGUGAACAGAGAGCGAGCAGCAUUAGAGGUUAUUCAAGAAGUGAAACAGAACGUUUUCAAAACGGCCGAAGAUGUGAACUAUAUCAGAUCCGACUUAAAAAGACAGGAAGAUCUUGCUAUCAUUGAGUGGCUAACCCCAAUGAAUCAUGGCUCACAACAUAGCCUUUACCGGGAUCGAAGACAACCAGAGACAGGCAGCAAGGUUCUAUUUUGUCAGGGUAUCCCCGGAGCAGGAAAAUCUGUCCUUUCUGCACUAGUCAUUGAGGACUUAUCAUCGGCCUUCGGUCAGACAGCGAGCAUCGGGAUUGCUUACAUAUACUGCGACUACCAACGCCAUGACCAGCAAACACCACUGCAGCUUAUUUCCAGUCUCACGAAGCAGUUAUGCUUGCUUAACACUACUCUACCGCCAUACGUCAAAGAUCUAUACAACCUACACCAGCCAAGGUCCACCACGCCUUCGCUGAAGGAAAUCUGUGAAGUCUUCCAGAACAUUGUUCGAUCAUACACUCAGGUCUAUGUUCUCAUCGACGCGCUUGAUGAGUUAUCAGCCAAAGCCGGUUAUCGGAAUACCUUCUUAGAUGAGCUCCUAAAAGUUAAGGACUCGUCACCGACACUCAAUAUGCUUUUCACCUCGAGGCCUCUCGCAGUUCCAGAAGUUCGCCACUUUUUCAGUCAUGCCAUGAAAAUGGAAAUCUCUGCUCCACGGGAAGAUAUAAAUAAGUUCAUAGAUGGCUAUCUCGCGCAGCUAUCACCUGAUGCACUUAUUCCUAAUAAUGACGAUCUUCGGGAGGAAGUUAAAGGUGCAGUGGCACAAGCUGUUAGCGGCAUGUUCCUCUUGGCACGCCUCUACUUGGACUCUCUUGUCGACAAAUUGUCGCCAAACCAGGUGCGAUGUGCGCUAGAAGUCAUGAAGAAUCAGAACCGCGGAGUGGACAAGAAGUCAAUGGAAGAUACGCUGUGCAAUGCUUACGACCACACCAUGGCACGGAUAACUGGCCAAAAGAAAGACAUCGCCGAACAUGCAAUGUACGUCCUGUUGUGGCUCACGUACACGCAACGACCCCUCAAAGUCGACGAGCUCAGGCAUGCGCUCGCUGUAAAGGUUGGAGCCAAAGACUUGAACAGAGGCGACCUCAUACCCCAUUUGAAUUUGUCAAUGUAUGCUGGAUUGGCAGUCAUUGAUGACAAGACCCAAGAAGUCCGCCUGGUCCAUUAUACUACGCAGGAAUAUCUGGAACAGCGCCACUUCAAACCAGCCCUAUACACAAACCCACACGUUACAAUUACGGACAUUUGUGUCACAUACCUGAUGUUAUCUGUCUUCAAAAGCGGGCCAUGCAGUCUCAAAGACGAGUACAUCGAGCGGAUCUCAGCCUACUCGCUUUAUUUGUAUGCUGCAAGAUACUGGGCACACCAUGCUCGUCUCUGUUCCGAGCCCUCCGAACUUCUCCUCAAAUUCUUGGGGUGUAACGAGGCUACGAGGGGUGCAGCUCAAGCUGAUCACGUCGGGACAUCGUUUUAUUUUACGAAAGCGAAUUCUGCAAAACUCCGAUCAGAAGGAAGCUACUUCUGCAAACUCCGAUCAGAAUUACACUUGGCUGCGAGGUAUGACCUUCACCAAGCUGUAGAGGCGCUACUCGAAAAGGGUCAUGACUUAAAUGCCCUAGAGACCCGGAAAACACCACUUUAUGUGGCUUUGGAACACGGAAACAUAACUACCGCCCAGAUCCUCCUCCGUAAGGGAGAGCAGGUCAUCAGAUCGGGUGGAAUUCCAGUACUUCAUGCCUUUUGUGCUGACAUAUACGGACAUACCGAGGUUGACGUGUCAAUGGUUGAUGAUUUGCUCAACCGGGGAGCUAGGAUAGCAUAUGACUGUGGCAACUGCCCUUUACUAGUCUGGGGAGCUGGAUAUGACCAGGAGCAGCUUGUUGAUCUCCUAUUACAAAGGGGUGCCAAGGUGGAAAGUCUCAACGACUACAGAUUUACGCCCCUGUUUGCUGCAGCUUCGGUGGGGCAUACCACCGCUGCGCCGGCUGCGACCAACUCUCCCGCCAUGCCCGGUCUUGCCGCCAACUGCGAUGGCUUCUACAAGGUAGCAUCCGGAGAUUCUUGCGACACCAUUGCCUCGAAGAACAGCAUUACUACCACUCAGUUCAAGAGCUGGAAUACCGAGAUCGACGCUCGUACGUAUCUGCCCCAUAAUCUAAACCCCUACGGUGCCCAUUACUGA